AUCCGGAAUUGUCACGUGUAAAAACAAACGUGCGAAAGUGUUCCUGCUUUAAGUUUGGUCCUUUGUGCUUAUCUGUUUGUUGAUUUCAUGAAAUACUUGCCAGUAUUCAGAUAAAUGCUUCAGUUGUAGUAGUUAACUUCAGACACGUUCAAUAGAACCAACUGCCCCCGUCCUCAGGAUCAAUGGCGUCCUGUGGCACUGACUGGAUAACAUCCUGUUCCAACAUCAUGUUGUCUAGCACAGCACUGUACUCUUCCUACAAACUCUUUAAGGAUCACAGGGCUUCUUCAGUAGGUCUCUUCCUGCUCGGACUCUCUGCAGCACUUUGCAUCUUGCAUCCCUCCAGCUCAUACCUCACUUCUAUCCAGAAAGAAGCAGAGUGGGCCAGUGAGGUUCUGGCUCCGGCGCUGGUCUCCUUUGACUUCCUGUGGCUCAGUGAAGACCACAACACGGCACAUAUUCUCCUGUGUGGCUCCUGUCUGCUGCUUGGGCUGUAUGACUGGCUCUCAGCAGAUGCUCUCACAAUGAUGACACGCUGCCUGGGAGUGUCUUCCCUGUCCUGCUGCCUGAUAGUGUGUCUAUUUGCAGCUAACGCUUUAGGGGCCUUGGGCGGUGUGGCCCUCAGUCUCCCGUUGGUUGUGGCUCCGGGGGUCGGAACAAACACUUUUGCAGCACUCAUUUCUCCAGCUGCAACUGAGGGACUCAUCAAGUGGCUUUUAAAAUGUUCCAUGUCUGUUGGCUGUUGGGCCUCCACACGAGCCCUCAGCAAGUUUCUGUUGGAUGUGAAUGACCGAAGUAACAUAGGCAUGUAGUUCAGUAGGCAUCUGUAUGAUUAGUCAGGAUCUGUGUAUAUUUAUGGACUGCCACAUAGUACCAAAUGACGAAUUGGGUCAAUGCAAAAAUGAAUGUGUCUAACUUAAAGGGAUAGCUUGGAAUUUUUGAAGUGGGGCUCUAUGAGGUACUUAUCAAUACUCAUAGUUUUACCUGCAGUAGAUGGCGGCUGGCGUGUCACCAGUUUGGAGAAGCAUGGAGUUGUACUGACACAGAGGAGGAUGUGCUUCUACUUAAAUCUACUUAAGGUAAUAAUUACACUGAAUAUGGAUACAUACAGACUCACUUCAAAAAUCCUGAACUAUCCCUUUAAAAGCAUUUCAGGACAUUUAUUAGAAUACUUGACAUGAGUUAACUUUAUUGACAUUGCCAAUACAACAAAUGUUGUUUGGAAUUUGCCAUGUUGAGCUCAUAGUGCAACAGAACAGACAGGACAACGUUCAACACAACAUACUACUAAUAAAAUCUUUUAAUGAAAGUUUCCAGACAAAAAAUGGCUACAGUUCUGAUAGUGGCUUAAUCAUGCAAUUACUAAUUAUUGAUCAAAAAUGCCACACGAUGGCUGGUUCCUGCUUCUCAAAUGUGAGGAACUAAUAAAAAUAUCCUUGGUUUCAAGUGUGUUAAUCUGACAAAACAAGCAAUUUGAAGACUUCCCCUUGGGUUCUGCGUUAUGACCGGCAUUUUAAAUUAUUUUCUAAUGCCUUAUAAAUGACAUUAUUAAUUGAUAAAUCUGAAAAACUAUUGAUAGAUUAAUGGAAAAUGAAAAACAAAUCGUUAGUUGAAGCUCUAGUUCCUGAAUUGGAGGCUGUGUGCACUAAAGUAUAACAUGCAUUUACAAAUGGACGUUUAAGGACAGAUUACAAACUAUUCCUGAGCAAAACAAUGAAAACAUUAAUAUUAAAAUAACUGAUUCUGAUGCAUUUUCAUUUUUAAGAAUGUUUAACUGGCUGGACUUAAUCUGAGGCCACUGACAUCCUGUACACAUCUCUCUAGUAACAGCUGCCUCAGAGUCUGGUCGUAUGUGUUCUUGCAGCCUCAGCAGUAUCACUGUUUAAAUAUCUGCAGUGGUCUGAGCUCUUGGCCCGUUCUUACCUCAUUAUGCCAAUGUGAUAUUUCUUUUGUAUUACUUCCUUUUUUUUCAGUAACAGAAAUGACCUCAUCUGUUUGACUCACCGUCACUUAAAUGAGGCCUGUAUAACUUUGUUUGUCCACCAUGUUGUCCUUGCAAGAUAUUGAUAUUCUUUACAGAGAUGUGUAGUGCCCACUGCAGAUUCUCUCUCAGGAUUUCAGAUAUGUGAGCCGCUGCCUCAGCAGUUUUGCUGCAGUAUACGUACAAGUAUCUAUGGCUCGGUGCCUGUCUGUGGGUCAAUACCUUUGUCAGGGCACAGGUGACAAGGGAUAUUUUUAAGAUGUGCACACUCAUUUUGUGCAUGUUUGUGAGUCUUGGGUGUGAUAAUUGUAGUGACUGUGCUUUUUUGUACUGAUUCAUCAUUCAGUUCACGCCUUUUUGAGGGGCUAUGUGGAAGUGUCAGAUGUUGUACUUUUAUUUAUUAUUUUAUUGCUAUUUUCUUAACAGAAAUUGUUAAUAUUAACUAAAGGAAGAUAAAGUCAAAAGUCUGCAGUUUCUGAUCUUUAUGAACCCCCCCCAGCUCAAUAGCUCUCCACACUGUAUCAGUCAUUCCACCACUGCAGCGGCUUUAAGAAACUGCACUGAGCAUCCUCGCUGCAGAUGGAGCCUGUAGAUGGAGCAAAGUGGAGAAGAGGAGGAGGAGAAGGAGGAGAAAGGGGAGGAGAGAGAGCGGCAGAGAGGGAGUCACACAGGAGCUGCACAUAGGAGCUGGGAUGCUGUUGCAGCUCAGAGAACAAGCGCUGCAUGGGAGGAUUUGUCAUUGACAACACAGAAAGUGUGAAAGGGGAAUACAAAUGACUGGAAUGUCAGAUCGCCAAAGAGGAGAAGAUAUGUGAUCAGGUAAAGAAGAUAAAGCAUUAUGCAUGAUGGGAUGGGGAGACCAGGAUCAUCAUCUUGCAUCCUUUGAUAAUUAUUAUUCUUGUGUGUUAAAAUAUAAUCAGGGUAAGAAGUAGAAUUUUUGUCCGCUUUCUUCUGCACCAUGAGAAAGGUGUGUGAAUACUGAGGUUGAUUGUCAUUUACAGGGACUCUUGGACAGCGUGGAGAUGUACGCCUUCUACUCUCUUUUAGUGUACAUCUUCUACACUGUCUUUAAGAAGGAGGAGGAUGAGGUGGAAGCCUUGGAGGGGGCGUGUGGAGCUUCCUCAGACGAGCCAGGUCCUGUUUCCAUGGAAACAGGGAGCAGGAGGAAAGAUGGCCACACCUCUAAACUGGGGAAAAAGGCUUGUGCUCGGCUUAGUGAGUCAAGCAGUAGCAGUGACAGUGAUGAAAUGUCUCAGAGUGAUGAAGAUGAGAAAGAUGGCCCUGACAUCCCAGCAUGCACUCCUCUUGCUGCCUUUUUGUCCUUCAAACAAGAGGCUGAAAAGAGGAGGGCCUCGCACGUUCAGCUGGAAACAACGGGAAAGUUGUCAGAGUCUCCCCUGGUGGCAGUGAUGUCCCACUUGCUGACUUUUCUGGAGCAGUACUCCCACUUCCAGCAGCUGCAGCAGCAGGCCGACCAGUACCGGGUCCAGCUGAAGAGGCACCGCGUCCAGCACCGCCACCAGAUGAAGGCCCUGCGAGCGUCCUACCGGCAGCACCUCAGGGAUAAGAACAGCAUCAUCAGCAGCCUGGAGGAGGCAAUCAGCCAGCAGCAGACCCCCAGUCCACCGAGUGAGGGUGAGUCCAGCAGUGAUGUAGGGACACAAGCCGGGAUUCACAGGCUGGUUGAGUCUCUGUACGGUCUGCAGGGUGAGAGGAGUAAGCUGAGGGGAGAACUCCGUUUGCUGCACUCACAGCUGGAACAGAAGGACAGAGACAGACACUCUCGCAUACUGGCCUUUCAACAGCAGAUUGAUGAGCUCAAGAGUUGCAUAGAAGAGCGCGAGGAGGAGCUGUCAAGACUGAGAACAGCCACCGGGGCAACAGACUCGGAGAAGCGGGUGUUGUGUCUGUCAGCAGAGAAUGAGAGUCUGAAACAGAACCUGAGCGUUACCCAAGGCCUCCUGCAGCAGCUGUCAACCAUCCCCUCCCAGUCCAGCACCAUGCUCAUCAAGGAGAAUGAAAACCUCCGCAGCAGAGUGCAGCAGCUGGAGAUAUGCCUUCAGCAGCGUGCUGACCAGCUGUCACACCUGGAGCGACAGAGCGAACAAAGUGAGUGGAGGAGAGGAGAAGAGCUGAGGAAACGAGAGGACCGAGUGAGGGAGCUGCAGCUGGAGUUGGACAGGGAGAGAGGCAAGGAGCCAGUGGUGAAGUAUGUCACCCAGACUGUGGAGGUGGAAUCACCUGCAACAUUAAAGCAUCUGACUAAAGCCAGACAGAGGAAUGAGCUGCUAUCCGAAAAGCUGUCCAAUCAGAAUGAGCGGUGCAAGCAGCUGGAGGAACAAAUCAGGAAGUCCGAUGAAUACAGUUGUAAUCUGCAGCACAAGAUUGCAGCAUAUGAGAGAGAAAUCAGUAAACUGAGAGAGGAGCUGCUGAAAGAGAUUGGCCACUUGGAGGAGAGGAAGGAGGAAGCUGUGAAGGCAGCCGCCAACUGCUCAGCGGAGCACUUUCAGAACCUGCAGGACCAAUUCUUCAGCUUGCAGAAGCGUCUGACAGCACUCCCUCCCACUUUACGCUCCAUAAAGACAGACUACAGCAGUCUGAGGAGCCAGGUCCGAAACUUCUCUGACUUUUACGGAGCAGCUAUUAACGAAGCAAAAAAACAGAUUUCAGCAGCUAUCAGUGAGAUGUCUGAAGCCAAUAAAGAUCUACUGGAGAAAUAUCGGAAGGAGGUCGCACUGCGCAGGAAGUACCACGAGCAGCUGGUGGAGCUUAAAGGUAACAUCCGCGUGCUGUGUCGCGUGAAGCCUGUGCUGAAAGAGGACCAGCAUGAGGAGGGCCAGUCUGUGGUGGUGACGACGGACCCCAACAACGAGUCCUCGCUCAAUGUGCUGAACAAAGGAAAAGGUCGCAUCUUUGAACUAGACAAGGUCUUCCACCCUCAAGCCACACAGGAGGAGGUCUUUCAGGAGAUCGAGCCUCUUGUGACGUCCUGCAUCGAUGGCUACCAUGUCUGCAUAUUUGCUUAUGGACAGACUGGCUCUGGAAAAACAUACACAAUGGAGGGAAGUGUGGAGAACCCAGGCAUCAACCAGCGAGCCCUGAAAUAUCUUUUCAGUGAGAUCGAAGAGAGGAAGGACAUGUGGUCUUACACUGUCACUGUCAGCUCUGUGGAGAUCUACAACGAGGUGCUAAGAGACCUGCUCAGUAAGGACGGAGAGAAACUGGACAUCAAGAUCAACCCGGACGGAACAGGACAGCUGCACGUCCCGGGCCUCAGGGUCAUUGAGGUUAAGAGCUUUCAGCACAUCAAGAAGAUUUUAGCCACAGCCCGAAGAAACAGGAUCACCUUCGGCACUCAGAUGAACCAGCACAGCUCCCGUUCCCACGCUCUGCUCUGUAUCACCGUUCAGGGAACUGACCUCGCCACCGGGUCCAAAACCACUGGCAAGUUGAACCUGGUGGACCUGGCUGGUUCGGAGAGGGUAUGGAAGUCUGGAGCAGAGGGAGAGAGGCUGAAGGAGGCCCAAAAUAUCAACCGCUCCCUGCUGGCACUGGGGGACGUAAUUCAGGCACUGAGAGCUCGGCAGACUCAUAUCCCUUUCAGGAACUCCCGCCUUACGUACUUAUUACAAGACUCCCUGGGCAAAGGCAGCAAGACUGUCAUGGUUGUGCAGGUGUCUGCUCUGGAGAGCAAUGUGGGAGAGACACUGUGCUCACUGAAAUUUGCCCAAAGGGUGUGCAAGGUGGAACUGGGUCCUGCAGCCAGGAAGAUUGAAUCUGGUGGAGGACUGUGCGACUGACAGCCUUGAAUCAGCCACUUCCUGUUUGCAGUAAUCGACAGGAAGCCAUGAAUGCACCAGUCAGAUUAUCACCCACCCUGCCAACCAACCAUCACGCUACAAUAUCAACAAGAUCAACAGCAAUCCUGCUCAAGGGCUAAAUCUGUGGAGGUCUGUGUGGCACCCGAAAGCCAACCUUUGAUUGAGGAUAGGUUUUGAGGAUAUUGGCCUCCUCCUUGCCAUUUUCUGCUUCUGACAAGUGUUAACCAUUUACCAUUAGAUAAUCUGCAUGCAGGAAUAUUUAUUCUUCCACUUUGAGUGCCAAAACAUCCUCUGCCUGCCCUACGGAGUAAUAUGUGACGUUUCCUUUUAUUAAAUACCAAAAUCCACAAUUUAACAGCCUCUGGAGGCUUUUCUCCCUGAUCACAGCAUUUAGAACAGCAUCAUGUUCAAAUAGGUUCAACAAGCUUCCACAGCCACAAUAUCAACACUUCCGUUUUUGCAGUAUUAAUCACCUGGCUAUAAAUGUCUGUAGUUUGUGAGCUUCAUCUCUGAUAUUGUAUAUUUUUGAAGGUUGUAGUGUGGUAGGAGAAUCUGUUUUAUAGCAAAGGUAUGGGCUAUUAACCAUUUCAAUGACACACAAGUCACAUUUUAGUGUAGUUUUUGUGAACUUCAGAAGAGCAGUGACUGUACGCUGUUUCUUUUCUUCUCUAGAGAAUAUUUUGCCUUUUGAGAAAAGAGUAAAGAUAACGACAGUAGCAGGUGGCCUUGUAUUAAGAGUGGUAAUGCGCAGUGCAAUAUCUUCCUUGUUGAGAAGACAGUUUGGGCCUAUGUGGACAGAAGAUGCACUUUAUUGUGAAAGGAGUGUUUUAGUCCAGAACAGGUAUUUAGGUGCUUGCAUUAGAUAUCACUUGUGAAUGUCAUAUCAAAAGCAGCUUAUUGUUAUCUGUUCAUCAUUGUUCCUGUAUUUAUCACCCAUUGAAUCAAAGCUAAUCUUUGAUUCAAGUGUAGCCAGACAUUAAUGUUGCAGUAAUUACAAUAGCAGUCACUUCAUGAUGAUUAGGGUGUAACUUUUCAGAUAGUUUUCUGAAUAAAUAUGAUGUAUUUAAAAA